ACUCCCAUCGACGUGCGAACUCGCGCCAUGGCCGCCGCCGCGUUGGGUGACGUUGAUGAUCUCGACUUCGACCUGGGUUUUAUCGACGGGCUCGAGUGCUUCGACUUCGAGUUCGACCUGCCGGACAUGGGCCUCACCGAGUUGUGCCACGGCGGCGACGGCGAGUGCUUGCUGCCCGCCGUGGCCGAUAAGGAGGGCGGUUUGGGUUUGGAUCUGGGUUCUCGUGAUGGUGGCGACGGCGGGAGAGAGAGCUCGCCGGACUCCGUGGUGACGGACGACGGCGCGCCGCCUCUGUCGUUAGAGUCGUCUGGGGAUCGCGACGAUGGCGAGAUGUCGGCCUACGUGGGCGACCUGGAGAGGUUCCUCAUGGAGAGCGAGGAUGACGCCGAGGCCGGCGGGCCGUUCGCGGCCAAGGGGCUUGCCGCCAACGACCACUUGUUCGACGAUCUCGCUGUUGCGGACGACGGUUACGUCGAGCCGUCCACUGCAGCGGAAGAGUUUGCCGCCGCCGGCUACUACUACUUCGGUGAUCUCGACGACGGUUACGCGGAGCCGGCGACUCCAGGGAAGGAUCUCGUCCUCGACGACUACUUGUUCGGCGAUCCCGUUGUUGCGGGCGACGGUUACAUCGAGCCGUACACUGCAGGGGAGGAUCUGGUCUCCGACGACUACUUCUACGAUGUUGCUGCUGUGGACGAUGCUGCUCGCGAGGACGACGACGAAGCGACCUCGAGGAAGCGUGCAAGGCAGAGGAAGGGCGCCGCUGCGGUGCCACGUGAAGCAGAGCUCCGGGGAACGCCGGUGAUGCAUGCCAUCUCGUCGAUCUCGACUGGAAACGGGUGCCGCCCCAUUGGUCACCAUUGGCUGCAUCCCUGCGCCACAGUGUGCCUAUUGGCCUGAUCAAUCAUCGAUCAACCUGCAGUUCCGGUCGGUCUGGGAGAAAGAUCGCGACGGCGCAUGCCUCAGGUAUUCGAACCGGUAGGUGAAAAUUUCAGAGGAACAUUUCCGCGUGUUCUUCUAUGAUAUUUUCUGCCUUUCACACCAACCCGGCCAUUGGACGAUUAUAAAGUCAUGGGACGAACUAUAAACAACACAUACUCCUCUGUUCGGAGUAGAAAAGUUUGGUAGCAACUCUCGAACAACACGUUUUCAAAAAGAAAAGUAAGCUUAGUUUUAUAAUGUACACCUAAUAUUCCUCUUCUUGUACACAUACAUCCCGUGCGCAUUCCGGAUGUUGGUAGCAUAAUUCGUUGAGUAUCUGCCUGGUACAGCCAUUUCAUCACCAGUGCUAAUCAACCAUGCAAACAUGUUUGAUCCUUAGUAGUUUCUACCACUACCAGUAAAGAGCUUAGUGGUUGAUAUACAUUUAGAAGUACAAGAAACCUUCUACCAGGUAGAGCAUGUCAGAUUUUUGUUCUCGACCGUCCAGAAUUUUUUUUCUCUGAAAAUCGAGUGAGCACCACAAAUCGUCCAGGCUUGCGUUCAUUCAGUAUGGGCCGCUUAUAAUCUUGCUCGUACUGCUACCAGUUAAGGCUUACUGAUUGUUGUACGUUUAGAAUUAAAAGAAACUGCAAAAUACAACACUGGUGCUUGAACUUGUCACGAAUGUGCACUUUAGUGCCUGAACUUGCAAAAUACAUUGAACUGGUUUCACAACUUAGCAUGGACGUGCAUAUACGGUUCAAAUCUUGUUUUUAUACGUCCAUGGCGCUGACGAGGCACGCCAGGAUGUAAGAGAAAAGGCAUGUGGCCUGUUUUUUUUUUGCAGAAAACCCUCUAGAAUAUUUUUUUUCUUACAAAAGGCCCUCAAAGAGAAACUGAUAAAUUAAAAAAAUCUAUUAAUAUAUUAAUAAUUAAAACUGGUCCGGGUUUUGAACCACACGCGCAGGUGUGCAUGGUUAGCCAAUAAGCAAUACACUUUAUAAACUUUGUAAACAUUUAUAAACAUAUUAUAAACAUAAACAUAUUAUAAACUUUAUAAACAUAUUUAUAAGCAAUACCCAUUCAAAUUUAGUGUCAAGAAUGGAUUCAUACACUUUAUAAACAUAAAGCUGAACAACAUAAAUUAAAAAAAUUAUUCCAACAAUACACUGUCAUUGGUUUGAACCUGCAACCAGGGGCUAUAUGGCCGCACAUUCCACUCCAACUGGUGACAUCGAAUGGUAAAACGAUAAAUUUAGGUUUAUAACAUAACGAGCCCGUGUGGCUAAAAUGGACCACAGUGUGGCUCAGUUUUCAACGGGUUUGUUCUUUUUCAUUACAUUUUUCUAAAAAUUACUUAAAUUAUUAUCACGUUACAAAAAAUAUACAUAUAUUUAAAACAAAUUACGUUAAAAUUUCAUAUCAUUUCAUAAAAUACCCAUGCAGUAAUUUAACAGAAAUACACAUAAUAAAAUUAAAAAUUAAGAAUAUAAUUUAUAAUUUGAAAGAAUGUUCGCAUUUUAAUAAAAAAUAAAAGUAAUUUUAUAAAUGUUCAUAUAUUUAAACAAAUUCUCAUAUAAUUUUAAAAUUUCACAUUUUUAACAAACUAUUUUUGUAGUAUAUCAACGUGUUCAUGCUUUAAAAAAAUUGUGUUGUUUUAAUAAGUUUAUAUAGUACUCCCUCCGUCCCAAAAUAAGCCCAGUGCUAAGCUUCAAACACCUAUUUUGAGACGGAGUGAGUAUAUAAGUUUGUGUGUUUUCUAAAAAAAUACAAGCCCAGUGCGCCAUUAGACUAUGGAUCCUCACAUGAAUAAUACUUGAAUCAUAUAAACAUUUUAGUCAUUCAUAAAUAUUUUCAAUUUUAUGAAUAUGUUUUGAAAUAACACGUGAAUUAUUUUUAAAGUGACAUGAGGAUUUUUUUCAUUAUUUUGAAAUUAUGUUUGUUAUACAGUCAUAAAGAGUACUUGUACUUUUGAUACAUGACAACUCAAUGGUUGGAGUGGCAUCCGUGCCUAUAAGCUUUGGUCCGAUGUUCGGGUCACAGAUCCGAUGGCGUUUUUCCUGGAUUAUUAAAUUCUCUUUACUUAUUUUGUUCGGCCAAAUGUUUAUAAAGGUUAUGAAUCAUCAAAGUUGUCGA